AUGGCUGGAGCUUUGAUCGGAGAGGCCUUUAUUUCUGCUUCCAUCCAGGUGAUUUGUGACAGAAUUGCUUCACCCGACUUCAUCGACUUAUUUCGGCACAAGAAACUCGAUCAACCUCUCAUCAUGAAACUGAAGAGGACCCUGUUGACCUUGAACGCAGUGCUUGAUGAUGCUGAGGAGAAGCAAAUUGAGAAACCAGCUGUGAGAGAGUGGCUUGACGACCUCAAACAUGCAGUUUUGAUGCUGAGGACUUGCUGGAUGAGAUCAACUAUGAAGCUUUGCGAUGCAAGCUAG